AUAGACAAACGAAAUUUCGUAUGAACUGAUGGAAAAAAACGAUGAAAAGCAAAAGUUUUUGGAAUUUGUAAAAACAGCAGCUGUGAGUGAAUAAUUUUACGUCUUUAAAGCAAAAAUAAAAUAUAAAUACCCAAAUAAUAUAGACAAAGAAAGGACAGAAAUAUAGUAGUGUUUGGAUCGAAAUUACAGAAAGAAAUUGAUAAGUACAAUUAAAGAAUAUAAAAUUGUGGCGUCAGAAAGAGGCUUCAAAUAUGGAGCAAAGUUUCAGUUCUGGAGGCUCGAAUGCUUCCGGAGAUAGUGUCGGAGGCUUUGGCCAGAAUACUACGAUUACUAAUGCAAGUGCCAGCGAUAUUAUUUACAAUAAGAACGUCACCCAAAAUAGUGGUGGGAACGGAAACGGAUUAACACCCGAAGUGAAGGAGAUCUAUAGAUCUCUCUACAUUGUUGCCAAACAACUGGACGAUGAAAAGAAACAUAUUAGCACCAUUUCUCAACUGUUUCAACAUGAUUUGGAAGAGAAACGUUCUCAGCUGGUUCAGCUUUGCAAAAAGAUUGUGUUCAAGGACUACCAAUCAGUGGGUAAGAAAGCUCGUGAAAUCAUGUGGCGCAAGGGAUAUUAUGAGUUUAUCGCUUACGUGAAGAAAAACUGGCACAAAGAAUUAAAAGACACCACCCAGAUGAGUACUCAAGACAAUCUAUUAAAAGUGGAACGUUUUCUCUGCGCUGGAAUAUCAAAUUACAAACGAAUGGCAGCCCAAAUGGAAGAGAUAUAUGAUCUUGACUUGAAAUACUUAAUUGAUUUUAGUAUUAUUAGUGACGGCUAUUUGAGUGAAAUCGAUCAUAAGCAAACAGACGAGAACAAUGGCACAGGUGAUGUUAGUGCUGCACAUCCAGUGGAUAAAAGUUUGGAAGCAGUUUCAUUUGCUUUAGAUACUAUACAUUCAUCACUGUUGAGUUUAGGCGAUUUGCACCGUUACUUUUUGGACUUUCGCAUUGACACACGUCUAAAGGUUACUAAACAACAAGCUGCCAAAUAUUACUUUGAAGCAUUCAAAUUGAAUCCGGCAAUUGGCAUGUCCCAAAAUCAGUUGGGUACACUCUACUAUGGCCAAAAUCACGAUUUGGAUUCCAUCUAUCAUUACUUAUACUCGUUGGUUAGCAUUGUACCAUUUGAGUUAAGUGAAAAUAAUGUGUGUAAACUUUUUGCCUCUCAUGCCGAUUACCUGGAAAAAUUGGACCCAGAGAAGAUAGAAUUUAGUCUUCAAGACUUCUACGCUCGCUUUUAUUUGAUUGUAGACAUAUUUUUCUUCGAUAAAGAAGUGCCCGAUUUCAACUCUCUUUGCCACUGUGUACUUGUAGAUUUGCGCAAAGUGCUCUGCUCUAAGGCAUUCACCAUUGAAGAGAGUUGCAUCUUCAAAAUUGUCUCGAUACUGUUUUUCUGCUUAUCUAAGCUAAAGAUGAUAAACUCCCAGAAGGUUUACUCGCUGAAUGCUUUCCUAGUAGCUGUGUGCUCCGAUCUAAUGGAUGCCUGCAUUGUAAAUCUAGAGCAAACAAUUUUGGCCAAAUCUGCGGAGAAUGAAGAAUUUCAUGAAAUGUACUCAGAUAAGUUUGAUGAGUUCAAUAUGGUUGUACGCAAGUCACGCAACGAAUAUAAAAAUUGGCUUGUUACUAUCGGCGAGGCUGACAAAAAGGAGAAGAAACUUAAUGCUAAAUUGUCGUUGAAAGAAUGUUCAUCUGAUUCGCGCGACAGUCAAAACUCAAAUGACGAAUAUGCCAUCAAAACUCAGGACAGUCAUAAGCACACCAAAAUUGAUGGUGGCACCGAAAAGAAUGGUGACCCCAUAUCUACGCGUUCGAGCGAUGAAGCGAAAGAGAGCGACCUUAAGACACCGUUGUCGUGCAAGAGCAAGAAGAAAGGCAUGAAACUACGUCGUCGUAGACGCAAAAUUGCGCAAUCGGAUGAUAGUUCGUGUUAUGACACCGAAAGCGAUAUGGAUACCGACUUUAGCACAGACGAUGAGGACUACACCGAUUUAAGUUCAAAUUUUGAUACAGAUUUCAGUGACAUCGAAGCCGAGCCAGUGGCUGAUGAACGCGAGGAGGCUGAUGAAGCAGACUUUGUCACACAGCCAACAAAAUCAAUAGCUCAGGAGCAAAAUGCGCCACGUUUAACUUCGGCAGCUUCCAAGGAGAGCUUGACUUCCAAUGAAGGCGUUGGUCCGACUUUCUCCGACAAUGAAGACAUUGUUAUUGAGGAGGAGAAAAUUAUUUAUCCUGAUGAGCAACAGGCAACACUGGCAAAACAACGCACCGAUUCACAGGAGGUUGAUAGCGAGGAAUUGCUGCGCAGUUUUGAGAUAUUGCAGAUGAAUGGUAGUGGCUCCCUCAAUUUCAAGAAUACCGACAACGAGGAAUCUCUACCGGCAGUACUCGAAAAUAAUGAGAAGCAUCAAACUAUCGAAGAUGUCAACUUCAAUCCGGGUGAGCCGCCAAAGAAACUCGUUUAUCGCAACAAGUAUACAAAAAUUAAUCCGAAUAUAAUAAUUGAGUUUGCGCGCCACGAGCCAACCAUGCGUGCUUUGAAAAUUCUAUACGAUUGGUUGCGCAUCAAUCAUGAAAUACUCUUUGGUUGCUAUCACUCCAAUCCGGAAUUCAUACACAAGAUUAUGAAGCUGCUAAAUUACUGCAAUAUCGACAUAUUUACACGUAAAGUAUACUUCGAACGUGAAUUCCUAACUACACCCAAUGUGCGCACUCCCCUCGGUGAUUUAUUCGAUGUACGCGCCAAUGUGCCAUUGGCAGAAGAUUUCGUUUUCAAAAAUUUCGACAUUUUCCAAGGUACCCAACUAACUCUCGAUUGGGAGACAACCAUACGCGAACACGUCACACCCGAAGAGGAGUGUAUUUUGCGUAUUUUCAAAAUGGUGGACUUCGGUUUCUUUAUUUGCAAGCAAAAGAAAUUCAAUUAUCGCUUCUGUGUAAAGAGUCGUCGCUUCACUGAGAAUGCUAAGAAAAAGCGUGAGGAGAAGAAAUCGUCCUCACGUCGUCGUGAGCGACGCACAGUGAAGAAUGCAACACGUAAGCGAGCUGAAGGACGCACACGCCGUUACUCGGACCGUAAGAAUGGCAUAGUGCGCAAGAGUUACACCAGCAAUGAAGAGAAAGAUACUGUUGAGGAAUGCAAGAAAAUGCCGCGCAAAGGUUAUUUGCGCAAUCGUAAUAUUGAAAAGUCGGUCACAAGCAAUAACUUCGGCGGUGCUGGUGGUGGCGGUGGUGGAGGCACAUCCGCUUCCACGACCACCAAUAGCGCGAUGUGCGACAAAGUUUUGCUACAAUCCAGCAGUGGCGCUGACGAAGAACGCUCGGAGGCUAUGUCGAAGAAGUGUGAGAUGAUGGGCAAGCUGUGGCUUAAGAAUGAAGUCGAGACACUUGAGGAGGAGUUAAGAAAAAAUCCAUUGAACAUCAUCAUGACGCCAUUCCUAGUUGUUGACGCUAAAGCUUUGACUGAAUAUAACGGCAUAGUUAAAAAUUUGGUAAAAACCAAGAAGUUUAUAGUACUCAUACCGAAUGCAGUUUUGAACGAGUUGGACGAUCUGAAGAAACGAAGUGAAAAUGCACGUAAUGUCAUACGUUGGCUGGAGCAAGAGUUUAAGCAUGGAAAUAGACAUUUGCGCGCACAGCGUGAUAAUGAGAAUUUGACCCUUUCCUUGUUGAAAAUACCCCGAAAACUAGAUCGCGACGCCAGCGUAUUCUUGCAAAUUGCACAGUUUUGCAAUCAUCUUGUUGCCAAUCAUUCGGAUCCCAAAUCUGCCGAAUUCCAAAGCAAUGUCAUCACAUAUUUGUCUGGCGAUUCACUGCAUGAGAAACAACGCAAUCAAACAAACUUUAGUUUUACUGGCAUCUUGGACACCAUACCCGUGCGUUACGAGCAGAUCUCUAAUUUCUAUUCGAAAUUCAAGGCGAACAAAAAAUGAACCCAUACACGCUGCAGGAGCAACGCCUGCGUGGAGCGUUUUGUGUGAACUCAAGAUCAUAAAAACUAAUGAAGAAAUGAUGAUGAUUAGGGAAGAUAAAGAAUAAGAAGAGCUUACGAAGGAUUAAGGAUCUAUGAAAACGAAAAACAAAAUCAAAUCAAUUCAAACCAAACCAAGAAAAACAAAACAGAUAAAUUCCAAAACGUGAAUGAUGAGAGAAUUUAUUCAACGCAAUAACAACAAGGGCGGCGGCAGCCAUAAAGGCUACAACAGCGUUAGCAGUAGUAGCAUCAGUGCGACAGCAGCAGCAGCAAAAAAAACAAAAACCAAAAAAAUUAAAAAAAAAACAACUGUGAGUGCGUACGAGCAGUUAGAAAACCUUAAAAGCAACAAUUACAACUUUAUCCAGUUUAUUUGAAAACCACAACGACGAUGGAUAGAUAGGAAGGUGAAGAUUAUGGCGAUGAGUGAUGGUGAGACAUGUCGGUGUUGUUGAUAUGGCAGUUUAGGAAGAUCGUAUGCAUAUAUGACAUCAACAGCAAAAGCAACAUGCAAAGAAAGCACGGUAAUAUAUGUAGUGGCUUUGGGUAUUAAACUCGGCGUUGGCAAAAUAUUAUUUGUGAUGGCGAUGGUAGCGUGCCUUUGGUGAAGCGACUAGGCGAUUUUUGUGUUUAUAUUGGCGGUGUGUUUGACAUUGCGCUUAGAGUUGAAACAAUAACAACUGCAUUAUAAUUCUAUAUAAAUUUCAAAAACAAAAUUACAUUAGAACAUGAUUAGAAGAGAAAUUAAAAAAAAUCUUUACAGGAAAACCACACCACACAUUUGACACAUUUUUGAAAGCAUGAAACAACAAUUCUACAAAAGGAAACACAACCAUAAUAUGCAAUAACCACAAUUUUACACUAAAUAUUUUUCCAAAAUUCCGUUUUUUUUUUUCAUUAAAUAUUUUCCAAAAUUUCGCUUUACUUUUAAACUUCUUGAUUAAAAUUUGACUAAAUAAACACUCUUCCAUUCAGCUCUAAAUUCACAACACAACUCUCUUCAAUCACUUUAUUUUUUUUUAUUGCUUUCACUUCUGACUUUAACCUUAAACUUAGUUAAAUUCUGUCUCGCUCGCCUAAUAGCAGCCGCAGUUUGCCAGUUCGACUCGUAUAAAUCGUGGUAACGCUGAACCAUCGUUUUCUUUAACGAUAUAUUUUAAAGGAGCUGUUGCAGUGGAAUGCUCGUUGCAUCUCAUUUGAUAGCUAUAAACAACUUUCGAUCAGCAGCUAUCAAAAGUCAGCUGUCAUUGUUUAUUUUCCACCAUUCGCGAGAAACCAAAAUAAAACUACAUUUUUGGCAUACACAAAAAUGCCUCAACAAGCUUCUUCAAUAGCUUCUACUAAAUCCAGUACAUGUAAAUGCUGUAAAGCUUGGGGCAUUUCGCUUGUUUGUGUAGCCGCAGCCUUUCGCGAAGUACUAGCUCAUGUAACCACGACAGUCUUCGAAAUCUUCUCUAAGUGUAGGAGUAUAUUUGUACUUGAGCGCAUUUUUAAUUGCCAUUUUUUGCUUUGUUCCGAGAAAUUUUGAAUCCAGGUGCGUACGUGUAUCAAAGUAUACAUUGUACCGAAAUGUAAAAGAAAAUGUUAGACUACAUUGAUUUAGAAUUUCGAACUGCCAUCCAAAUGCAUAUCUUCCAUAUGAUAGUUUGUUGUUCCCGUUAAGUCUGUGAUGACGUGGAAUUGAAAUAUGUCGUGUAUUUAAGAUUUUCUUGUAUGUUUCGCUGCGUGUGCGCAUUACAUUAUUUCAAUAAAUUUUAUUAAUUCAAAUUCAAUUAUGCAUAUAACAUAUUUGUAGUUACGUAUGUACAUAUGUAUAUAGCAUACUGUUCUUGGGUUGCCGUUUUCAAAUCUGCUUUUUUUAGCGCGCAGGAAACAAGCGCCGUGCAGAUUUUUGUGGCGUUUACAAAAUAAUUGUGAACAAGUAAUAUGUGGCAUCGCAAAUUAAUUAGAUUUUUAAUAUUAAAUUUUCAUUCAAUACAAAUGCAUAAAUUCAACAUUGUUUACCCCUAAUAUCCGGUUGUUAAUACAUUUUUUUAAAGUUAUUAUUUUUAUUAUUUCUUUUUAUUUUGUUUUUAAUAAUUUUUCCUUUAAAUUUUUAAUAGUUUAAAAUUUAUUUAUAUUUUUUUUUGAUAUUUUAAGUAUAAUUUUUUCAUUUAAUAUUUUUUUUUUAAUUAUAUUUUUUUUUUUUUUAAUUUUCAUUUUAUUAAUGUUUUUAUUAAAUAUUUUUUUAAUUUAGUUUUUUAAUUAAUAUUUUUUUUAAUUAAUGGUUUUUAUAUCUUUUUAUUUUUCAUUUUAUUAAUCUACAUUUUUUUUAAUUUUUUAUUUUAUGUUUAUUUUUUUUUCUAAUUUUGUUUUAAUUUUUAUUUUAUAUUUAUAUAUUUUUUUUAUUUUAAUUUUUUUUUUUCAAAUUUAAAAAUUUCGCCACAAAGUCUGCGCCACAUUCCAUCAAUAAAAUGAACCGCAACACCAAACAGUUUAUGCCUAACUAUACUAAUACUAUAGAAAAUAUUCUUUAUGUAAUUUAUAACGGUAUAAUUCGAAAAAUAAGCAUUACGCAGUGUUCAGCUAGGGUAUUUUUACGCGACAUCUGAUAUGUCUACCAAUUUAUAUACUGCACGUAAAUCCAGUUUUAAAACAUCCUCAAAUAUUAAAAAUUCUUUAAAUUUUUCGAAAUAUCAAAAAAUCCACUAAUUUCUGCUUAAGUCGUAUUUAAAUACCUAUCAUGAAAUAUAAUAUAUCUACUAGUUUUUUUUUCUUAAAUUGUACUGUAAAUUACCCACAUAGUUAAAUAAAAUACCCCUGCUGAUUUCUGCGUCUUACUUUCGACUUACCCGUUGCACAUACACAUACUUUUUCUUAAUAUAACGUUUAUUUUUACUACAAAAAGAACAAAAAUACAUAUAAUCAUAUCAGGAUUUAAUUUCAAACCAUAACUAAUUAUUUAAUUUAUGUUAAUCAUAGUCGUAAACAGCAACCCCUUUUGAAAGAGCCCCAUUCUCUCUGCCUUCGUUUUCGUUGUUUUGCAUAGAACAAAAACAAAAUAUAGAUAAAACACUUAUUGAAAAGAACCCCCAUGAAAGCUCUGCAAGUUGGUGUAGCUGCUUUCACAAAAGCUUUAAAGCUCACCGUCAAAAUUCGGCCGCUCGUAGGGCAUAUCCCUCUAGUGUGCAUAACUUGCACUCGCACGGAGCUCUUCACUUCACAACGUUUUUGGUUUUAUAUAUAAUUUUAUAUUACUAAAUCAUUGUGUGUCGUUAGGUUCUUAAUAUUUGCAUUAAUAUUUAAUAAAGGAUGGACAAAAAAGAAUAAAGAUGAUUUAUAACUUCGUGACGUAUUGAAUAAUAGCAGUUAGUUUGCCAAUUAUUUGAAUGUAAUAUUCCACAAUACGUUUAAAAUUGUUCCCAGCCUUUUAAACCUUAAUUUCCUAUUACUAAAAUAUAUACAAACAAUAUAUAUAAGUAAUUCUCCGUCAGUCCAUUAUUAACUUUAAUAAUAAAACAAAAAAAAAACUGUUGCUUGUCGGGUUUCACAAAGCUUGUAUACAAAUACUAACUGUAAACUCUAAAAAACUUCAUCUUCAGUUCGAAUUUUACUGCCUGCAUAUAAAAAUAUGUUUUAUCUUAUAAAAUUUAGUUGAUGAAAUAUUUUUUCCUCAAUAUUAUGUAAUUUGCACGAUCUAUAAAAUUUCAAGUAUUUCAUUUUUGUGAAUUAGUUAAUUAUAAUAAAAACUACAAUAAAGCUCGACAGCAGAAAAGAAAUUAGUUUUAUUCAAAGAUAUGGGAGAAAAAUGGAUCAGAGCCAAGCCAUAGGUUUUUUAGUGCUGCAACGAUUGACUAAGUGUCUUUCCAACAGGUGAGUAUAAGUAUCGUGUAUAUCUGUUCCCACGACAAUUGGGUUUAAGUAACUGGUAUGGACCCGGAUUUAUCCGACCAAGGGCUGUCAACUAGGCACCAUUCUUCGAAGUUACCAAAAAAUGUUUUCUUCCGCUACGCAAGAACAACUAUGGAGUACAUUUCGAAACACUCUCCACCAACAGAUGGAAUUUCCAUCAACUCAUGCUUUUACGAUAUUGGCGUUAGGCAAUGGAAUUGAUGACAUCCAAAUGUAUGUUCCAAACUAGACAGUUUGUUCUUGCUUAUUCUCUGCAAGGAGCCUAACACUCUCGCCUGCUAAUUUCCCAGAGACCAAAUUCUUGAACUUGAUGAAGGAGUACAGAUUGGAUGUUAAUAUCCCAGUAGAUGGCAUUAAAAUUCCGUCUGUCAGCAACCCUAAAAUUUUAGACCGAUUAUUACCAAGUACAGAGCCGCAAGAAAAUCCUCAAGCUAGGCUGCAGCUCCAGUAGUAAAGACAAAGAAACGUUCUUGGCAACAUACAAGGUAAUCGGCCGGUUGGUUAUCAACAAUGCACCAUUAAAGUGGUCGUAUGGAUUUUGUGAAAAUCUCAGACGUGCUGGAACACUGCAAUCCGUUUGAUAAUAGAAUGUCUCCUGAUGUCUGCUUUCGAACACCUAGUAAGUUCUGCAUGCUUCCGGUUAAGCAACACACUUCUUUCCAAGCAGUUUCUAUGAAAUCAUCUAUGCAAUCGUCUGUUGAAGCGGAGCCGGUUCCUAAGAGCAUUAAAUGCUCACUGUUUGAUUACGUCGACCACAUUCAACAAUACAGCGACCGGUCUACGCAUACAACUAACUUCAGAAAAGCACUUCCUCCCAGUGAAUGACAUACUUGGAGCUAGCUAAAUCGCCACCCAUAGCAGAUGACGAGCUCGGGUUUCAUCGAAAAUCUGUAGUAACCCUAGUGUAACUUGGUGCCAUAAAUUUACUCCAGAACACUGUUUGCCAUACCCCUCUGCGGCGAUGAGUAAUAUGGUAUGCUUCUUUGUCUGAUGAAUUACCAUAUGUAGCCGUGUGAGCUCCAGCAUGACCUCAAGUGCUGCCGUUGGGCAAGUUCACAUAACACCAAAGGCACAGACAUACGAUGCCCAAACAACUUUUCCAUAAGUAACGAUAGACCUCACGAUCAUGGUAUAGAGCCCCCUACUGCUGCUUGGUUUACAACCGCAGGAUAUACCGGUCAUGUGUGCCUUUGUAACAAUGUUAUUUCCACACGUCUAUUCCACUGGAAGAUGGAGAUCUUAGGUAUUAAGCCUUCUUAGAUACCUCUAACUCCCUGGCACCAAGGGUUGGGAUUCUCAAGCCUGAUAGAGAUCUUCUUUUUGUGAAGGGGAUGAUGGUUGUUUCCAACGGUUUGGUAUUUAGUCCAACCGUAUUGCACCAUACCUUUGCAAGGCUUAUGCCGCUUUGAAUUAUAUCGCUGAGAGUAUUCUCGAAUUUGCCUGUUGCCAUUAUGACAAAAUCGUCGGUGUAUCCCUCACACCGAAUCUCAUUGUUCGUAGGCAGCCCAAGAAUGUCAUCUACUACGAGGCUCCAUAGAAGCGGUGACAGUCCACCGCUCUAUGCGCAAGUUCUCAUAGCACCAAAACAAAUCAUAUUCUUCCUCAUAGUAAUUUCAGCGAUCGUAAUGCGCAGUAUACCUCUAUCCAUCUGCGCACUGUAGCGUGGGACGCACUGCUAGAUGCACGACCGAUUUCUUGAAAUCGAAUUCCAACUUUCAGCAGUAAGUUGAUAUAGAGCAGUGCUAAUAGACCAACCUUUCUGUCACCUUUAACAUGAAGAAAGUGAGAAUAAUAGGCCUGAAGUAUUUAGCCAAUGAAUUGUCCUUCUUUCCUACCUACCUUGUGCUGAGAACAUUAAUUAAUUGUUUUAUGUUUUCUGCCUUUGUUUCCGAAUUAACAUCAGCCUAAAGGUAUGCUACAAAUAUUACUUUGCAAUCAUAUUAGCACAGAGUGUCCCAGCGUUUACUUACCUUGAUAAUUAAUAUUAAAAAUUGACUGUCUCUAAUUACUUAUUAACGUUAUAUACGGUAUUUUCAUUAGUUUAUUGCAUUUUUAGCGAAUGUGUAUAUUUCAUUGUAACUCUUCAUUUUUAUGAAAUAAUUUAUGAAUUACAUUAGCAUUGCCACUACAUAUAUUUUCUUAAGUUUACUAAGUAAUAAGCAUUUGGUAAAUAAGAUUUCCGUAGAUUUACGUAUUUUUAAAGUUAGAGAAAACAAUUGCAAAAGUUUCCAAUUCGGUACAAAAUUUACAAAUUCUUUGCUCAAUUUAUUCGAUUUAGCCGCAAGUGUGUUUAUUUCUUUUAUUUUUAUUUUACUUUUUAAAUUUUUUUUUAAGGUUUGCAUCACUUUUAUGCAAUAAACCCUACAACAAUGUUUACGUGUGUCAAUGAAUACAAUAUAUGUGUGUAUUUAAAGUUUUACUUUUAUUGUGUAAGUAUUUUAUUUUCAAUUAAUGCACAACAUUUUGUCAAGUAUAUAAUAUUUAAAUACAAUUAGUUUAUAUUUAAAUGUUUAAGUGUGUGUGUGUGUAUAUUUAUUGAAGUGCAACGUUGGUACACGCUUAAAGCAUUACUUUACUAUUGAAAAUCAUAUUUUCUUUAUGUGUGUUGGUAAGCAUUGUACAUAUAUGUAUGUAUGUACAUAUGUGAACUGUUUUAAAUAUGCUCUACUGCAUUUUUGUUCUUUCGUGCAUAAUUAUUACCUUGCUACAUAUUUAUUUGUAUAAGUUUAUGCCAUAUCUUUAUUUUUCGGUAUUUUUCAACUUUUUAUUAACUUAUAUUUAUGACUAUUUCAUUUCCCUUUUAUGGUUCUCACGUGACUAUCAUUUCAGUAGUUGUAUUUUAAGUGCUGACUCUAUUCUUCUUUACACUUCCAGAAACUAGUAGAAAAUAACACAAUUCGAAAAUGCUUGUAUUACAAUAACAAAAAAGUAGAACAACUCAUUGAAGAUAUCAAAAAAAAAAAAAAAUUUAAAUUUAAUUUGUAAAAAGUUUAGCAUUAUUCUUCAAAGUUUAUUUGCGGUUUUUUAUUUUAAAUACUAAAAAAUAUAGUAAAAAAAUAUAGUAAAUAUAGUAUUUAUUUUUUGGUUGAAAUUUUAAUUUUAAAGCAACGAACGAGACUUGUUUCUGUACUCCGAUUUAAGGCCCAAAAUACAGUUCCACCUUGAUUGAGAGCACUAAAUGUGGCUGCCAGUUACCAUAAACUAUAAAAUAAAAUGUAACAUAUUUUUUAAAAUUUUGCAUCAUUCGAACUUUCCGCAGCAACAAAUAAAACGAAACAAUUUAUGCAAAUUAAAUAAUAUUUUAUUAUAUUAUAUUUUUCACACAAUACAAAUCAACUAAAUAAUAACUAAAUUUUAUAAUUAAGAGAAAUAAAAAAUAAAACUAUAAGUGAGCGUUUUCAAAAACUUGAAGCGUAUUCAAACAUGAUUUAAAUAAAAAUUAUACCUAAUAUACUUGCAUCGGUUCACAUUGCAGCAGAACUAUUUAAGAGUGUUAUAAACAAAGCUUAACAAAACAACAACAAAUAAAAUGUUUAAGAAAAUA